CUCAGAAUCAAGAAAGAAAAAAAGCAUACCCUUUCUUUUUUUAAUAUUUCUUCUUUUGAUCUAUCGUUCAUGAUGUUAUCUUGGAGGAGAAGAAGAGAUACGGCUCGUCUUGCAAGAAAGAGCAAGCUCAACGAUGAUGAUUCCCACGAUAAUUUGGAGAUGGAAAUCUUGGUUCCAAUUCAUUUCCGGUGCCCGAUUUCUCUUGACUUGAUGAAAGAUCCGGUUACUUUGUCGACGGGGAUCACUUAUGAUCGAGAAAGCAUUGAAAAGUGGAUAGAAGAUGGUAACCAGACUUGUCCUGUUACUAACCAGGUUUUGUUGAGCAUCGAUCAAAUACCAAACCAUUUCAUACGCAAGAUGAUCCAAGACUGGUGUGUUGAGAAUCGAUCUUAUGGGAUUGAAAGAAUUCCUACUCCUCGUAUUCCGGUCUCGCCGUACGAGGUUUCAGAUAUUUGUAAGAGAAUUGUAGCGGCAACCCAACGUGGGGAUCAUAAGAAGUGUAAAGAAUUGGUGUUGAAGAUCAAGUACUGGGGAAAGGAAAGCGAACGAAAUAAAAGGUGUAUUGUGGAUAAUGGAGCUGGUUGUGUAUUAGCAGCUGCUUUUGAGUCAUUUGCACAAGCAAUAAGUAGCUCUUCUACGGUGGAGAAAUAUGCAGAUUUGUUGGUAGAGAUAUUAUCAGUCCUCGUAUGGAUGUUUCCGCUUGGUGGAGAAGGCCAAACCAAGCUAGGAUCAGUGAUUUCUUUACGUUGCAUGUUAUGGCUUUUGAAGAGUAACGGAGACCUUUCAGCUAGACAAAGUGCAGUUUUGGUACUUAAAGAGCUUCUUUCUUUAGAUCAAAAGCAUGUAAAUACCUUGGUGGAGAUAGAAGGAGUUAUUCAAGCACUAGUCGAGUUAAUCAAGGAGCCAAUUUGCCCAGCUUCCUCGAAGGCUUCAUUAAUGGUUAUAUUCUACAUGAUAUCUCCUUCAGCAAUCAGCCACAAGAUUGCAUCAAUAUUUGUGGAACUGGGUUUGGUCUCUCUGAUUAUAGAGGUUCUUGUUGAUGGAGAUAAAAGCAUAUGUGAAAAGGCUUUGGGCGUUUUGGACCAUGUUUGUGACUCCAAAGAAGGGAGAGAAAAGGCGUAUGAGAAUGCUCUAAUCAUUCCUGUGUUGUUUCAGAAGAUUUUAGCAUCAGAAUUGGCAUCAAAAUUCUCAGUGUCAAUUCUCUGGAAGCUUUGCAAGAAUGAGAAGAGAGAGGAAGGAGGUGUUGUAGCUGAAGCACUUCAACUUAAAGUGAGUGCAUUACAGAAGCUACUAAUACUCUUACAGGUUGGUUGUGAUGAAAGCACGAAAGAGAAGGUUACUGAGUUGUUGAAAUUGUUGAAUCUUUGCAGAACUAAGUUAGACUGUAUUGGUUCCUCAAUGGAUUUCAGAUAUCUCAAGAAAUCCUACUGAUUUUUUUUUGGUAGAUUAAUUAGGAAAAUUAUUCAAUUCAUUGAAUUGUACAAACUACAUUAACUCAUGUAAACAUUAAUGAGGUCUAUGAAUGUGAUAAUUGCUUAAAUA